UCUGCACAAUUAAAGGAACAAAUCCCUGAGAAACUUUCUCGAGAAGCAGACAAGGGUAGCUGAAUAAAUUUGGAAGUCAAAUUUGAAGUGGUUGUAACGUGAUGAUAUAAUGACUUUUGCUUGCCUUAAGAGAUGAUACCCGUAUCGGGAUGGACUUCUAGAACAUUCGUGUAAAGCAUUGUAGAAAUCGGCUCAUUUCCUUACUAAUAAUGAUACGCAGACAAUGUAAAUGGGAUUAUGUAAUGGGGUGCUUCAAAGUACAGUUCUAGGCGCUCCUGCUCUGUGGUUGUUGGGCAAACGUGCUAAACUGAGUCCCCCCUCAGAAGGCAGCCAUGGAGAAAAUGGCGAGAGUGACCACUGCCCUUGGCGGCAAUACCAUCACGGGCCGCACCAUGUCCUGCCACUUGGACGCCCCUGCCAACGCCAUCAGCGUGUGUCGUGAUGCAGCCCAGGUGGUAGUCGCCGGGCGCAACAUCUUCAAGAUCUACUCCAUAGAAGAAGACCAGUUUGUGGAGAGACUGAACCUGCGCGUGGGCCGCAAACCCUCCCUGAAUUUCAGCUGCGCGGAUGUGGUGUGGCACCAGAUGGACGAGAACUUGCUGGCCACGGCGGCCACCAACGGUGUGGUCGUGACCUGGAACCUCGGCAAGCCGUCCCGCAACAAGCAGGACCAGCUCUUCACAGAGUGCGGCACUUUGCUCCCGCGGUCCUCGUACAUUGUGCAGCAACAGGAUCGAAAGGAAGAAGGGACCAAAUUACCGGAGGCGAUAGAUAAGUUUGAAGAGUGCAGAUGGAAACUAGGAGCCUACGACGUUCUCCGUCAGUCGGAAAGUGUGCGCGACGUCCAGUUUAGCAUCCGCGAUUACUUCACGUUUGCAGCCACCUUUGAGAACGGAAACGUUCAGCUGUGGGACAUCCGCCGGCCCGAUCGCUACGAGCGGAUGUUCACGGCCCACAACGGACCCGUUUUCUGUUGCGACUGGCACCCAGAGGACAGGGGCUGGCUGGCAACAGGGGGCCGGGAUAAGAUGGUGAAGGUCUGGGACAUGAACACUACCCGGGCCAAAGAGAUCUACUGCGUGCAGACGAUCGCUUCAGUCGCCAGGGUCAAGUGGCGGCCCGAAUGCAAGCACCACAUCGCCACGUGCUCGAUGAUGGUGGACCACAACAUCUACGUGUGGGACGUGCGCCGCCCCUUCAUCCCCUCCGCCAUGUUCGAGGAGCACAAAGACGUCACCACGGGCAUCGUGUGGCGCCACCUCCACGACCCGUACUUUCUCUUAUCCGGCUCCAAGGACAGCACCCUCUACCAGCACAUCUUCAAGGACGCCAGCCAGCCCAUCGACCGCGCGAACCCCGAGGGGCUUUGCUACAGCCUCUUCGGGGACCUGGCCUUCGCCGCCAAGGAGAGCUUGAUCUCUUCUGACUCGAACCGCAAGCCCUACGUCGGCGACCGGCGCCACCCGAUCUUCUUCAAGCGCAAGCUGGACCCGACGGAGCAGUUUGAGUACGUCUCCUCCUCCAGCGCCCUGAGCGUCUUUGAAGCGGACACGGAGUGCGACGCCGGGAGCAUGGACUGGUUUGUGCGCACCGCCAAGCAGUACGUGCUGGCGGGGAGGCCUCUGGCGGAGCUGUGUGACCAUAACGCCACGGUGGCCAAAGAACUCGGGCGGAACCAGGUGGCUCAGACGUGGACGAUGCUUCGGGUUAUUUACUCCAGUCCCGGCACUGUGUCCUCCGCGAAUCUAAAUCACAGUCUAGGGAAGAGUGGCUCUGGCCUCCAGCUCAUGAACAGCUUCAACUUGAAGGAUAUUCCCCCCGGGAUUGGCAGCGAGUCGAGGCUGGAGCGGAGCAAAGGGGAGAGCCGCCCUGAAAACAUCCUCAUGGAUUCUUCCUCCACUCUGAUCAACAAUGACGAGAAUGAGGAGACGGAAGGCAGUGACGUCCCUGCGGAUUAUCUCCUGGGGGAUGUGGAAGGAGAUGAAGAUGACCUGUACAUGAUGGAUCAUGAGAACCCCCAUGCAGAGGAGCAAGAGUACAUCCUCCCCCAGGAAGCCUUUCCUCUGCGCCAUGAGAUUGUGGACAACCCUUCGGCCCUGGAUCACCUGCAGGACAAAGCAGACUCCCCUCACGUCAGCGGCAACGAGGCCGAGGCCGUCUCCUUGACGCCAGUAGAAUCCUUCUCCCUCAUCUCCAUCUCUCAUUCGCUGUACGAAAACCGCCUGCCCGCUGACUUCUUCAGUCCCAUCGUCCGCGACAUGCUGCUCUUCUACGCUGAGCAGGGAGACGUGCAGAUGGCCGCCUCGGUGCUUAUUGUGUUGGGGGACCGUAUCCGGAAGGAGAUCGACGACCAGGCGCAGGAACAUUGGUACACUUCCUACAUCGACCUGCUGCAGCGCUUCCAGCGGUGGAACAUCUCCAACGAGGUGAUCAAACUGAGCACGUGCCGAGCCAUCAACUGCCUCAACCAGGCGUCCACCACCCUGCACAUCAACUGCAGCAACUGCAAGCGGCCCAUGAGCAACAAGGGAUGGAUCUGCGACAGGUGUCGGCAGUGCGCCAGCAUGUGCGCCGUGUGCCACCACGUGGUGAAGGGCCUGUUCGUGUGGUGCCAGGGCUGCAGUCACGGCGGGCAUCUCCAACACAUCAUGAAAUGGCUGGAGACCAGCUCCCACUGCCCCGCGGGAUGCGGCCAUCUCUGCGAGUAUACCUGAACCCGAAAAGAGCAAAACUGGGUCCAGCAGACACUUGAAAAAUUGGGAUGGGACUGGCAGAUGAGAGUCUGUGUUUGUGGGAGGCGUUAAGCCUUAGUUGGCGGUGUUGUGGACAGCGUUGGGAGAAAGGUAUCUUCAGGUGCCACCCGAAAAGCAGUGAAACUUACAAUGCUCAGGGAAACUUUUUUGUUACGAAACUUAUCCCGGUCAGUUUCUCCUAUUUAUUUCUUUUUUCCACAUUGCUGUAUGAAAAGUUCUUAUCCGCACUCCCGCAAAACGUCCUCACGACAAAGAGACGAAACGUGGGGGAGUAUACUUUGAACAGCGACCUUUUCGAAAUCUCUCUCCAUCU